GCGACUGCCCCGAAGCGAGCUUUAUCCCCCAAAACCAAGAGGCGGGAGGCCAGUGGAAAUUGCUGUGUUGGCAUUGCAAGCAAUCUCAUCCCUGCCCCCCUUCUUAUUUAUUUAUUUUGGUGGUAACUCCGUGGCAGCAGCAGCAGUGAUGGUCGAGUCAGCGAGAAAAGCAGAAGGACCGCGUUAAAGGCAAAAGGAACCGGCUGGGGAGGGGAGCCCAGCCUGGGGUGUGUGAUUGACACCCCACAAACCCUUCUUCCUUGGGACACACACAGGGGACCCCUCAUGCCUCCCUCCCCUCUCCUCUUUCCCCUCUGAGGUUCUCCACCCCUUAUCCCUCCCUUUCCUGAUUCUCUCCAUCCCAGACCCCUUUCCCCUCAUCUAGUUCUCCUUCACCUUUCUGGGGUUUUCCAUCCCUGAUCCUCAUCCUCUGUCCCACCUCUUAAAGCUCUUCAUUCUGGAUCCACCAUCCCUCCUUACACCCUCUAAGGCUUUGCAUCCCAGACCCCCCCAUCCUUCUCCCCUGAGGCUCUCCCCUCUUGGGGCUCUCCAUUUCAGACUCCUCUCCCCCACCCAAGGUGUCCCUCUAUACCCUUGAGACUCCCCCACCCCCUGUGCCACCAUGACAGUGAUGGCUGGAGAGAACAUGGAUGAGACCUCUGUCCUGCCAGGCCACCCCCAGGAUAGCUACCAGCCAGAUGCCCAUGAUGACCAUGAGUGCUGCGAGCGGGUGGUGAUCAACAUUGCUGGGCUGCGCUUUGAGACCCAGCUGAAGACCCUAGCCCAGUUCCCCAACACGCUGCUGGGCAACCCCAAAAAGCGCAUGCGGUAUUUUGACCCAUUGCGCAAUGAGUACUUCUUUGACCGGAACCGGCCCAGCUUUGAUGCCAUUCUCUAUUACUACCAAUCUGGAGGCAGGCUCCGCAGGCCGGUCAAUGUGCCUCUGGACAUGUUCUCUGAGGAGAUCAAGUUCUAUGAGCUAGGUGAGGAGGCCAUGGAGAAAUUUCGGGAGGAUGAAGGGUACAUCAAGGAGGAGGAGAGGCCCUUGCCCGAGAAGGAAUACCAGCGCCAGGUGUGGCUCCUGUUUGAGUACCCAGAGAGCUCCGGGCCAGCCAGGGUCAUUGCAAUAAUCUCAGUCAUGGUGAUCCUCAUCUCCAUAGUCAUCUUCUGCCUAGAAACUUUGCCGGAUCUGAAGGAGGACAAGGACUUUACAGGGACUCUGCACCGCAUUGACAACUCCACCGUGAUCUACAAGUCCAACAUUUUCACCGACCCUUUCUUCAUCGUGGAAACCCUUUGCAUCAUCUGGUUCUCCUUUGAGCUGGUGGUGCGCUUCUUCGCCUGUCCCAGCAAGCCUGAGUUCUUCAAGAAUAUCAUGAACUUCAUUGACAUAGUGGCCAUCAUCCCCUACUUCAUCACCUUAGGAACUGAGAUGGCUGAGCAGGAAGGUACCCAAAAGGGGGAGCAGGCCACCUCUCUGGCUAUCCUGAGAGUCAUCAGACUGGUAAGAGUCUUUAGAAUCUUCAAACUCUCCAGACAUUCUAAGGGCCUCCAGAUUUUGGGACAAACCCUCAAAGCAAGCAUGAGAGAGUUAGGUUUACUAAUCUUUUUCCUCUUCAUUGGGGUGAUCUUGUUCUCCAGCGCGGUGUAUUUUGCUGAAGCUGAAGAACCUGAGUCUCAUUUCACAAGCAUCCCUGAUGCUUUCUGGUGGGCUGUGGUAAGCAUGACCACUGUGGGAUAUGGUGACAUGUACCCUGUGACAAUUGGAGGCAAAAUUGUAGGCUCCUUGUGUGCCAUCGCUGGCGUGCUGACAAUUGCCCUGCCCGUACCUGUCAUCGUGUCCAACUUCAACUACUUCUACCACCGAGAAACAGAAGGGGAAGAACAGGCUCAGUUACUCCAUGUUAGCUCCCCCAAUUUAGCAUCUCACAGUGAUCUGAGUCGCCGUAGCUCCUCCACAAUCAGCAAAUCUGAGUACAUGGAAAUCGAAGAGGAUAUGAAUAAUAGCAUAGACAAUUUUAGAGAGGCUAAUCUCAGAACUGGCAACUGCACCAUAGCCAAUCAAAACUGUGUUAAUAAAAACAAACUGCUGACUGAUGUGUAAAAAAAACCAAAACAAAAAACACUCUCAGCUUGAAGACUUUAAGUGACACAGUCACACUUUGUAGAUGCUUUACUAGUAGUCUUUGAAUGCUUUAUUUACCUCGUAAAUGCAUUGUUGCAUUGCGAAUUUUUGCUCAGCGAUCAAGAAGUUUUCAGGAUCCAUGAAAGAUAACGUUUUUGGUUAUUUUUAAAGGGUAUUUUCCAACUGGUCAAUGAUAACUAUUUGAACUAGGCUAGUGAUAAAUAUCAAUCAUAUGCUUCUAAAUCUAAACUUAUUUUUUCAUCCUUGUUGCUUGUUUAACUUAAUUUUAAACAAAACACAGACAAUUUUAGAGAUAUAAAAAUAUGCAUGGAUUCCAGUAAAAUAUUCUGCAAAACUGCACAAUGCAUCCAAGAAAGUGCAUCAGAUAAAAACUUCAGCAAAAAAUAUGCAGCAAGCAUUUGCUGCUGUUUUGAUCAACUGAAGUAUGAAUUUCCCCUCUUUUGUGAAAGAUGAUGUAGUUCCGAUCUACAAAAUCAUGCAGCACCUUAUUAAAAAUACACUUAAGCCUGGUCUUGUUGCUGUAUACACCCUUAACAUAGAAGAACUAUUCUAUAAAAAAGACAAAACAUCUGCAAUGCUGCUAAGUUUUCUUAACUGCAGAUGGUUUAAACACAUGUUUUUUCCCUCUCCAGGACUGGAAGCAAAACUUUUAGCCCCUUUGUUGCAAGAUAGCACAAUGGAGUUUAAUAUAAGCAUGUCUGAAUUUGAUACUAUUUACUUUAUAAUCGCAUGCCUGAAACAUUACCUCAGACAAUAGGGGAUAAGCUUUUGUUUGAAAUGAAUCUUCUAAAAAUAGGUUCUUUCUUUUUUCUUUUUUCUUUUCUUCUUGAUUUGCAUUCACCAAAAGUGCACUCCUUAAUUUAUUAAAUAUUUGAUUAGUAAUUUAAAGUACUGUAUUUAAGUAUGUAUGUUAGUCAAACGGGAACAAUAACUUUUGGAGAUCAAAGCAUGUUCAAAUAUUCAGCAUUAUGGCCUAAAUGACUAAGGUGUAACUUGAAUUAAUUAAUGCAUGAAUUCAGUAAUAAUAAUAAUAAUUAAUUAAUAAUAAAGCACUUGUUGGAUUGAGGGCCAGAAAGAACUGAAUAGAGAGACCUGAUGAGUUUCCUGCAUUGCUCAGGGAAAUGUGUUGGCUUCUGUCCAGGCACUGUUGGAAAGGAACAUAUCCCAUCCCUUAAAGGGAAAACUAUAUGGAAAAUUAAGAAGUCAAGUUAUGGAUAGCAACAGCUAAGAACUAGUAUUCUUUGUAGGUGAAAUGCCUUUUGGUGCAUUCUCAGAAUGUAAAUGAAACUUAUCUAUUGUAUACAUCCAAAUCGCAGUAGCAGAUUUCUUUUGCAGUCAUUAUUUGAGGUCUAUAGACUUUUAUACUCCCUAAAACUCACUGAAGAGACUCAACAGAUUGAUUUAGAUAGUUGCUUAGUGCCUUUAUCCUUUAUCUACUGAAUCGCUAAAAGUGCCUCCUUGAAUAGAGCUGAUCAUAAGUAGUGAAGGAAGAGGCAAGUCACCAACACACAAUCAGGAAUGUACUGUGCUAUCUCCAGGCACAGCACACACAUACACAGAGAAGAGGAGAGCAAAAACCACCAGCGCCCGAGGACAUCUUUUUUCCCUUGGCAAUGUGAUGCUGCGGGGCUCAGCAUUUGCCUCUGCCAAAUAAGUCACAAUCAUGUUUAUGCAAGACUCAAAGUUUCCCCAGAUUGUUUAUAGAGACAGCGCUGCCCUCAUCGUUUUUGCCUUUCCUUCCCUGAGAUGACUCUUUGGCAGCCUGCCCCAGAAGGGCAGAACACAAGAGGAACGAAGGACCAUCAUUUACUGCAGCAUCGACCAGGCAGGCAACCAGAUUGGAGGGCUGCACCUUUCUUUCCCCUUGGAUUCCCCAGGAGGUAGGUGAGAGAGGCUUCCCAUUUCCCAGCCAAGCACACAUCCCUGUCCCCCUCACCCUUUCACUAAACUCCUUCAGCAACCCAAUAGAUUUUAAAUCCCAUUGCAGAUAUUUCAAGCAUCUCCCAUCCGUCCCCACUGUGACCUGAUGGAUGGUAGCAAUGCUGGGAAAAGGAAUCUUCUGCAGUAUGCAAGCCUUGACCAGUAGGCCCUGGAAGAUGACAACUUUCAAUCUUAACCAACAUAGGCACUAAUCCUCCCCCCCCCCCCCCCCCUUUUAAAGGACAAAGUUGAGAAUCUUUAUUCUGCACAUAGCAUGUGGCCAGCUGCAGUUGAGCCAUUUCCCACUGUACAGGCCCCCUCUUACUCCCACCCCCAUCAUCUACGUAUCAAGGCACGUAUAAUCUAAAAACAAAUUAACUCUGCAGUUAUGCACAAGUCUAACAUGCCAGGUUUACAGAAAGACUUGACUUCUCACUGUGUGGCUUCUAUUAAUAUUAAUGAUCACUUUCCGAUCCAGGACAGAGGGAUCUCAAAGAACUGCAAAGUAUCUGAUAAAACAGGGCAUUAAACUCUCCAGAUAGAUGAGGUAAAGCUUCCUUCCCAACCCACACCCCCACAACUCACCCUUCCCGCCAGAAUUAAAAUCUGGUGGUUACAAUCUUUCAUAGUCGAGGAUGCAACUUCCCAUGGUUAGACUGACUUGCAUGCUGCAUUCAGUUCAAAACAGCAAUAAUCAGUUCAGUGCUGUGGGACUGAUGAUCAGAAAGUAGCACCUGAGAGACGAGGCCUCACUUUAGCAACAUGGUUUCUACAGUAGUUGGGUAGCCGCACCUUCGUUUAACUACCAGACGGAUGGUUAUUCUGCAUGUAUAAAGAGAAAAAUGCUGCAUGCAGUGGGUCUUUUAUUAGCAAGGGAUAGGGUGAAUCAUUAGGGUUUGGGGUGGUUGGGGAGUCUGAAUGUUGCUUACCCAAUUAUAGCUCAUUACAAAGGAACUAAAUAAGUAUGGAGUACAGGGAUUAACCUCAUGUAGCAUAGGCAUGCAUUUUUGGCAAGUUUGACAAAAAACUCUCACCCCUUUGCACUAAAUGUGCUGAAAUGUCUUUGUAGGCCUGAAGGUGCACUUAACAACUGCCUGUUCUUACCAAUAAAUGUAUUUUUCUUUUUUACA